GGUGCAUUGCUAUGUUUUCACAUGCCUUCGACUUUUGCGAAAAGUUGUAUAUAAAUUUCCUAGAAAUAUACUUUUAUAUUUUGAAUAGUCUUUUUUUCAGAAUGGCAGUUAUCUAUUCUUGCGCUGAUGGAUGCAUCAUUGACCACGAAGCUGCUCUUGUGACAGUGUACAGCGCAGCAGAUCUCCAACAUGCAAAAGUGCAGGAGCCAGCUAGCACUAUUGACAACAUACAUGCAUCAGGCAUUGACAAGAGUGAUUGUGUUGAAAAUCGUUUAACUAUAACCACAGACGUCGUUAACAAUCACAAAGAAACACUGAAAUUAACUGAUGUCUUCGAUGCCGAGAACAAUUUGCCACUUAGCAGUUCAACCCAGUCAAAGACUUAUACGAAGAAAGUGUGGUUAAGACCUAAGUAUGGAUUAUUUUCUUUAGAGCUACCGUUCUUGAUGGACAGCCAGUUUCAGAAGCUUAACGAAUGGGAAAAAACACCGGAUGUUGCACGGCAAGGAAAAGUUACGGUUUCUCAAAUUCAUCAGGCACUCAUGAAAGGCAAUCGCAAAAGGAAAAAGCAGCACCGUGAAUCUGAAGAUACAAAGGAGAUGUUGAGAAAGUUACACCAGUGCACCUGUCCCUUCUGAAAGCUGUUCAAGGGAAGGCUGUCUUUUGUGAAUUUCUCAGUCUCCCUCUGAACAAUAAUUUGCUGUCACGACAGCUUGCACAAUGUGAUCUGCAAGAAGACAUUUUCCAGGAUCUGGUCUGUGAAGUACAGGAUUCAGAGAUCAGCCCAAGAUGCAGUUGGUGUUAAGUGCUAGAGGAAUCAAUUCACUUGAAAAGUCUGGAGUGGUACACAGGCAUAUUAAGAAUGAAGCAGAUCAAACAGUGAUUUUAAACAUUGAUCAUCACAACUUUGUCAUUCCUCCAAAAUCAGGAUUUCUUCUUUCCAACUUCCGCAGGUUCUGUCAGCAUCUUUACUUAGAGAUCUUGGAUUCUGAUGGCUUUGACCUCAUAGUUGCAGAUCCACCAUGGGAAAACAAAUCUGUCAAACGAAAGAAAAGCUAUGACAUGAUAGAUGAGACUGCUCUCCUCCAAGCACCAAUACCCAAACUAGCAAAACCAGGAUGCCUGGUGGCUCUGUGGGUAACAAACAAUGACAGACUAAAAGACUUUGCAGCCUGUGAGCUUUUUCCAGCUUGGGGAAUAAAACAUAUUGGCACUUGGAUUUGGCUAAAGGUGACCAACACGGGUGAUACGGUAACAGAUAUACACCACCGCCAUAAAAAACCAUAUGAACUGCUGCUGCUUGGCAGGUAUGAGGGACAGGGCGAUAACUUAAAGCACAUGUCCGCACAGCCCCCGGAGUCAUACGUUUUACUCAGUGUACCAUGCUGUCUGCACUCCAAGAAGGUUCCUUUAGAAGAUGUUCUCUCACCAUACUUGCCGGCUAGUCCACGGUGUCUAGAACUGUUUGCACGGAACCUCUGGCCAGGUUGGACAAGCUGGGGGAUGGAGGCCCUGAAGCAUCAAAACAGCAUCUUCUUUGAAGAAACGCCGCCAGGUUUUCAUGGCACAAAACGGGCCACCUAGGGUACACAGAUGAAGACAAGAGAGCGAAAUCAUGUUAUGGAUUUAUUUACAGUAAAAGAGUGUGUGUAUGAAAGAGAGAGAAGAACUUUUUUUUAAUGAUUAUGCAUUUAAAUCUGAAACUCUUUUGAAAAGAUUUGCAAGGUUGUAAAAGUUACCAACUGGAAAUCAGAAGAAUUAUUACAAAGUAGAAAGUGUUGAAUAGUAAUCUUUUCUGAAAUACCAUGCAUUAAAAUAUAUUUAAAAAGUCAA